AUGCCGUUCAACUUCUCCUUCUCCAGCUCUGCCACCUUUGUCUCAACCAGCUCCGUCAACGGGAGGACCAGCGGUCAGGCCUACCAGAGGCAGUCGUACUCGACACCCCAGGGCUCCGGUGUCCGGACCACACAGCAGAAACUCGGCGAGGCGCCCGUCACACAUACAAGGCUGUACGACGCGCAAGGGAGGGAGCUCAUCGGCGACGGCGGCGGCGGCGGCAAUGGCUACCGUCAAAAUAACGGCGGCCAGGCAUACACGCCCAGCAGGAGGAUCAUCAGCAUCGAGGAUGUAACGGAGGAGGAGGCUGACAAGGCUGCUCGGGAGCGGAAGCAGGAUAGUCUUUAG